UGAUCAGUUUGCAAGUAAAAAUCCGUCGCGGCGAACUGCCUGAAAAAUACACAGUUCUAGAUAGAUUCAGGUUGGACCACAGGAAGCCCACGAAAUGCCAUAUCGUGCCACGUCAGAAUCGGUCAGCAGUCUUCUCCAAUGGCACCAUGGCGUCCUCUUCUCUGAAAACUUUAUGAAGUCUUUCAUGAAGUCAAAACUAUCGAAGAAUUAAACAAAGGGUGAAGGCCUUCUAAGCUACAAAAAAUGCGUGUUAUUUAUUUAAGAAAAUACACGUGGUUUCUAAUCAUAUGUUUUGCUGUGGUUUUCAUAUUUGGAAACAUUGUACUCUUCAAUAAGUUCAUGAGCAAAAGUAAGCUUGAAGACGGAAAACAAGCUCUUGGAAACAUGGGAAAAGAAAUUAUUAUGAGGAAGUGGAAGAAUGAUCCAAACUCACCACUAGGGAAGGUGGUUGAAAUGAUCGAAAGAGAGAGGAAGCAGGAGAGUUUAGGCGGAAAAACAGAGCGACCUCGAACUGAGAAAGCUACGGAUGCCCUUGGAAGACAUUCCGAAGAAGAUGUAAACAAACGGCUCGAUCAAAGCGAAGAAAAAGUAAGCGAAACACUGAUUGAAGCCAACAACAGAGUCGAUGAACCCACGACAGGGAAAACUGAUGAUAAAGCUACCUCAUAUGACCAUGUUAAACACACGACCGUGCAUCCAGGCGUUUCAGAAGAACAAGAACAAAUAGCAGUUUUAGUAAUUUCUUGCAAUAGACCAGAAUACGUCAAACGAUGUAUAGACCGUUUAUUCGAUUAUCGACCAUCAGCGGAAACGUUUCCAAUAAUUGUUAGCCAAGACUGUGGCCACCAACAAACUGCUAAUGUUAUCAAGUCAUAUGGUGACAAAAUCCAGUUCUUCCAGCAGCCUGACCUUGGGGAUAUUCCAGUUGUUCCCGCUAAUAUGAAACAUUUCAUGGGCUACUACAAAAUUAGCCGGCAUUACAAGUUUGCCCUUGGCAUGGUGUUUGAUAACUUGGGUUAUGGAGCUGUUGUCGUUGUUGAAGAUGAUUUGGAUAUUGCCCCGGAUUUCUUUGACUACUUUGAAGCAACACGUCCUCUUCUCACCAAGGACCCCACCCUGUGGUGUGUCUCGGCAUGGAAUGAUAAUGGGAAAGAAGGACUAGUACAAAGUAAUGACAUACUCUUCAGGACAGAUUUCUUCCCAGGUCUAGGGUGGAUGCUUACCAAGUCCAUAUGGAAUGAGCUCAAACCCAAAUGGCCUCUUGGCUUUUGGGACGACUGGAUGCGCCAACCAGAGCAACGUAAGAAUAGGGCAUGCAUAAGACCAGAUAUCCCUCGAACAAAAACCUACGGAAAGAUUGGUGUUAGCCGUGGUCAGUUUUAUGAGCAGCAUUUGAAAUAUAUCAAGUUGAAUGACAAGAAGUUUCCAUUCCUCCAAACAGACCUUUCAUAUUUGAUAAAAGAAAAUUUUGACCCAAGAUUCAUUGAGACAAUUGCCAAAGCUCCAACUGUAACCAUAGCAGAUUUAGGUUCUAAAUUGACUUUUGAUAUGAAGGAGGUGAAACUGCUCUAUUCAAGUCAGAGGAGUUUUGAGAGGCUGGCUAAAGCCAUUGGUGCAAUGACUGACUUGAAAUCAGGGGUUGCAAGGGCUUCUUACAAAGGUGUCGUGACGGUCAUGUAUAAAAGGACUAGGCUCUAUUUAGUGCCCUCAAAUGGAAUCUUAUAGCCAAUAAUUGUUAGAGUGUUUUAUUACUCAUUUGUACUAAAAUCAAUUUCUCUACUCUGUAAUGUGCAAUAAACAUAAUUUAUAGGUUA